AUGGCAGAGACGCAAUCAUAUAAGGAGCUUCUGGCCAAGUGGGCCGACAAGUAUCGCGGAGCAAUUGUGGAAGACCUCGACCCUCCCGCAGCUCUAUCAACAUCACCAUCUUCGCCCAUUUCGAGUGCCUUGAUGGCCGCCUAUGAAAGAGAAUACACCCAUCUGACCGUCGUCGCGCCCGAAACGCGUGCGCUCGUUGGCUAUCUGUCCAUGCCUCAUCUCAAGCAUCUGCUCAGUGCAGGCACUGUGCGCGACACCGACACGGUAGACAAAGCAAUGACAAAGUUCAAGAGGAAGGGUACCAAAUAUCAUGUCAUUACUAUGGAUACCCCACUGGAAGAGCUGGAGGCUUUCUACGAAGGCAUAACCGAAGAUGGCCAAAUGCCAGCGCAGGAUUUCGCUGUUGUGACAGACGCUGGUCGAAAAUUCGUUCUGGGUGUUGCAACGAAACAAGACCUUCAGGAGUUCGUCAAGAGAAGACCUGUCUAUUGA